AUGGCAUUCGCGUGGAAAGCAUCAGGUCUCACCUACAACAAGUACCUCUCUGUCGCCGCGCGCGUCGUCCGCCGCAGCCUCAAGGAUGACAAGAGGCUAGCUGCUGAGCGUCGGGGGGAGAUGGAGCUCAAGUUUUCGAAGUGGAACAACGGCAAGCAGGGCGAGGUCAAGAACGUGGCGGAUGCGAAUGCUCCAGCCACGUCUGCAGCGGGCUCUUCCUCGUAG